AUGGCAUACACUGCCCUGACGCUGGCCCACCCGCACUGCGUGGGCACUGGGCUCUGCAGGGCUGUCCCUGCGGGCAGCUGCUCGGGCACGGCUCUCACAGGCACUGUUCUCUCACAGGCCAAGUGGCGCCAGCUGAUGGCGUCAGGCUCCACCUCCCUGGACAUGUUUGGACAGGUCAGCCUCAUGACCCUGGACAGUCUGCAGAAAUGUGUCUUCAGCUACAACAGCAACUGCCAGGAGAUGCCUAGUGACUACAUUGCGGCCAUCCUAGAGCAGCUCAGCUCCCUGGUGGUGCGACGCCUGCUCCUGCACUGGGACCUCCUGUACCACCUGACGCCCGAUGAGCGGCGCUUCCAGCGCGCUUGUGACACCGUGCACCGCUUCACAGCCAACGUGGUGCAGUGGCGCCACCAGGCCCUGAGCUGCCUGGGCAGGACGGCCUGUCUCAAAUCCAAGCAGGGCAAGACUGUGGAUUCAUUGACAUCCUGCUCCUGGCCAAGGUAA